GCGAUUUUCAGGUGGUGGAAAAUCUCUCUUAGGACUGAAUUUCAUGAAUCAAGACCUGGAGAAAUCAAAGAAUCCGAGGAGGAUUUUUUGGAUGAUUCAUCUCUUCAUAUUCAGAUUGCUAUAGUGUUUGGUGCCAAAGUUCUGGAAUAUGUCCUCAAUCUGUGCUGAGGUAACUAUGACUUCCUGGAAUGGCUUCCUGUCCUGUUGCUUUUGUAUAUCAUUUCCUUUCUGGAGCUUGAAGAUAUAGCCAGACUUUCUCAAGUUUCACACAGAUUUGAAAUGAUAUGUAACUGUAUAGCGCUAUGGGAAAAUAUUGUGCAGAACUUGUGUGACACAAUUACACCUGAAAUGAAAGAACUUGCGCAGGGAAUGGGCUGGAAACAACUUUUCACAAAUAGACUUCAGCCACAGCUGCCAAGGAGGAGCCAGAAACAAGAUGCUCAGAACAAAAAACCGAACUGA